UUGAAUAAUCCCGAACUUUUAAUUUGAAAUAUUUGUCAUACUUUGGGCGGAAGUGAAUUGAGGCUAAUUACUGAUGCUAGUUUAACGCACUUUCUGUACACAGGCUUACUUUCUUUCAUUCAUUCUUCCUCCCUAUAAGAUUUAAUCCCCAUUUUUAGUUUCCUUAGUUUAAAAUCCGAAGUAAUUAAUGGUGUUGAGUUAAAUGCAGUAGUUGAGGUUUAUGUUUUAACUGUAUUUUCUUCUAUUAAUAUUCAUAAACAUGUUUUUUUUUUCCCUCCCCGAACUUUUAAUGUGAAAUAUCUGUCAUAAGGCGACCGGAAGUAGCUUUCAUUGUUUCUGUACACAUGAGUGUGUGAUCAGACUGUCGUCUCUCUCGGAGUGUUAUUCCAGGGUGUGAUUAGUGAUCAGUGAUCAGUGAGAAUGCCGGGAGCGGAUAAGGAGACGGAUCUGUCGGAGCGGAUUGAGGCGUUUCUGGCCGAGUUGAAGCGCAGCGGCAGCGGCUGCGGAUCAAUGCGCGGCUCGGCGGAGACAGCGAGAGACACCGCGGCUUUACUCCGGAGGAUCACCGCUCAGGCCCGCUGGAGCAGCGCCGGUGACCUGAUGGAGAUCAUACGUAAGGAGGGCAGGAGAAUGACUGCAGCUCAGCCCUCAGAGACCACCGUCGGAAACAUGAUCCGCCGAGUGCUCAAGAUCAUCCGAGAGGAAUACGCCAGGUCUCGGGGCAGCAGUGAAGAAGCCGAUCAGCAGGAGUCCCUGCACAAGCUGCUGACGUCCGGCGGCUCGAGUGAAGACAACUUCAGAACUCACUUCAGCUCCCUUAAAGCAAACGUCAUAGAGGCCAUCAAUGAGCUGCUGACUGAGCUCGAGGGCACUACAGAUAACAUAGCCAUGCAGGCUCUGGAGCACAUUCACUCUAACGAGGUGAUCAUGACGAUCGGACGCUCGCGCACCGUCGAGGCUUUUCUGAAGGACGCGGCUCGCAAACGCAAGUUCCACGUCAUCGUCGCCGAGUGUGCACCUUUCUGUCAGGGUCAUGAGAUGGCCACCAGUCUGUCGAGAGACGGCAUCGAGACCACCGUCAUUCCAGACGCCGCCAUUUUCGCCGUCAUGUCUCGAGUCAACAAGGUGAUCAUCGGCACACAGACGGUUCUGGCUAACGGAGGACUGCGAGCGGUAAACGGCACACACACCCUGGCGCUGGCCGCUAAACACCACUCCACUCCUCUCAUCGUGUGUGCGGCCAUGUUCAAACUCUCACCUCAGUUUCCGAACGAGGAGGACACGUUCCACAAGUUCGUCUCUCCACACGAGGUUCUGCCCUUCACUGAAGGUGAGAUCCUGUCGAAGGUGAACGCUCACUGUCCCGUGUUUGAUUACGUUCCCCCGGAGCUCAUCACACUCUUCAUCUCCAACAUCGGGGGAAACGCGCCGUCCUACAUCUACCGCCUGAUGAGCGAGCUGUACCACCCCGAGGACCACGAGCUCUGAAUAAACUACAUACUCAAACUACCUGCGUGUGUGUGUGUGUUUCCCAUGAGUAAUAGUCAUCAGGGCCUAGUCAUAGACACGUUUUGUUAUGAACGCCUGACAGACUGAUACGCUAAUCGAUGAUGUCAUAUCCUGUGCGCAAACCUUAGGACAGUUCUCAUGAAGUCUAUAAACACCAGCAGUAAUAAUAAUAAUAAUAAUAAUAAUAAUAACCUAGAGUGGAGAAGAUGGAGCUUAAUGAAAGUUAUCUUUAAU